GGUCACCAUUGUGAGGCGGUGGGAUAUUUCUGUGACAUUAGACGCAGCAGUUCAGAGGGGCAGCUGGACCGUUGAGACAUUCAUACAGUAAUGUCAGACAAUGGGGUGGUUGAAAAUAUUAAAACGACACAAGACACACCAGAAGAUGAGAAAGAAGCUCAUGUACAAGAUUUACUGUCAAAGAAGGGACACAUCUCUGAAGACGCUGAUUCGGGACUGGGGUGGAUUAUCGUUUUCGCGUCCUUCGUUAACCAUGUCAUGUUCUUUGGUAUAAAUCUAUCAUUUGGUGUGAUAUACGUCGUUCUUCUGGACUACUUCGACACAAAACGCGGAGACACAGCUUGGAUUGGCUCAAUCCCGACGGGUAUCCUCGGUAUUGUAGCCCCAGUUACAGGGAUCCUAACGGACAAAUAUGGCUGCCGCACUGUGACGAUGAGCGGAUCUGUCAUCGCUUCAUCCGGAUUUGUAAUCAGCUCGUUUGCACCCAAUAUUGACAUCCUUUAUAUCAGUUACGGAGUUUUAGUAGGAAUUGGCCUGGGUCUGAUGUACCUACCGUCCAAGGUGAUAGUAAACCAAUACAUGAAGAAACGUCGUUCUCUGGCUAAUGGAAUAUGUUCCUCGGGAGGUGGCGUUGGAACGAUGGCCUUUGCAGCAAUGUUCCAAACACUCAACGCAGCCUACGGCUUUCGGGGCAUGUUUCUGAUAUCUGGAGCGGUUGUGUUGAAUGCGGCGGUUUGUGGAGCUUUGUAUCGUCCAAAAAAACAAGGACAUAGGAAAACACCCCCUCUAUUAGACGGUGCUUCUGAACUACAAAUUAAAGACAAAGUAUGCUGCAAGAUCAGUCCAAUCCAGGGAUACACACACCUGCUCCACAAUAUCCAGUACUGUAUGUUCAUAUUUGGCAAUGCCCUAGCUACAAUAGGCAUUUUCGUUCCUUUCGCACAUCUUCCAAGGCGAGCACGUGACUUACAAGUUCCCGAACACCAGGUGGCGUGGUUGUUGCCUAUGAUUGGUUUUGCCAGUGUAGCAGGACGAUUGUUCUUCGGUUGGAUUGGGGAUUUCAGUUGUGUCAAUAUCAAGGUUUUAUGGGCGUGGUCUAAUAUACUGUGCGGGAUCUGUGUGAUUGUGUGUCCUUUCUUGACAUCAUUCCCAUUGCUAAUGGGAUUCGCUGCGAUAUUUGGUCCUUUAUCAGGCGUUUGGACGGGGUUGAAGACAGUUGCUCUGGUAGAUGUGGUGGGUCUUGAAAACCUGGGCAAAGCCCUCGGUCUGAUGAUGUUUGCACAAGGAUUUUCUGGCUUCAUUAGUUCCCCGCUAGCAGGCUGGUUGUACGAUGUCACGGGGACAUACGCAGCGUCCUUCUACACAGCCGGGGCCUUGUUUAUAUGCGGUGGUAUUAUGGUUUUGUCGCAAAUGAAACUUCGAAAUGUAUGUAAACAGAGAGGAUCAGAUGGAGUUGAUGUCAAGUUUACAGUGGUCAGUGUUGUGGACCCGUGAAGUGUGAUGACUAAGAACCGUGAUGUGUAACAUAUAUUUGAAGUGAUGUUCUACAUGUACGAGUAGGAUUUAUGCCAGGUGAACAGGUGUAGUGUUUGUUCUAUAUCUCAGAAGGAAAAAUGUUGAAUAUCAGGUUGAAUCAUGUAAGGAAGAAGGAAGCAAGAUACGAGAGUGAACCCUUAAUAGAUGUGUUACACAUGGCCGCAGGAAGACCACUGAUAUGAGUUGAACUGGGUAGAAAGAGUAAACUGGUUGUGAUCCCUAAACUGAUGUGUUACACACCAGAUUGAAAAACCUUGGAGUGAUCCCUGAACUGAUGUGUUA